CGGCAUUUUGUUGGCACUUGUGAUUUUUGCUCAUGUUCCUCUCCACAAAACAGGAGAAACGUUCAUUAAAAAGAUCAGUUUAGGAGUUUUAUAAAUCCAGCGCUUUGAUUGGACGGUUUUCUGUUGUUUUGUUUUGGAUUCGGAUUUCCUGUCUGAACAAAAAAACCCCAAAAAAACCCCGCAUUGAUCAUCGAGUGUGGACACCAGUUUGUGAAUUUCGGCCUGUAUUGCGCCUCCAAAAUAAAAACAGAAUGUCGUCUUUACCGGGAUCAGUACCUCGGAUGAUGAGACCAGCACCAGGACAAAACUAUCCCCGCACCGGCUUCCCAUUAGAAGUCUCCACUCCUUUGGGACAAGGGCGUGUGAAUCAGCUUGGCGGGGUUUUUAUUAACGGCAGGCCUUUGCCUAACCAUAUCCGACAUAAGAUAGUGGAAAUGGCGCAUCACGGAAUUCGGCCGUGCGUGAUCUCGCGCCAGCUGCGGGUCUCCCACGGCUGCGUGUCCAAAAUCCUGUGCAGGUAUCAGGAGACAGGCUCCAUCCGACCUGGAGCUAUAGGGGGAAGUAAACCCAGGCAGGUGGCAACGCCGGACGUGGAGAAAAGAAUAGAGGAAUACAAGCGCGAGAAUCCCGGCAUGUUCAGCUGGGAAAUACGCGACAAACUGUUGAAAGACGGGGUGUGUGACAGAAGCUCAGUUCCCUCAGGUGAGGCCUCACCUGUGAGCUCAAUAAGCCGAGUGCUUCGCGCCAGAUUUGGCAGGAAAGAAGAUGAAGACGAUUGUGAUAAAAAAGAUGACAAUGGGGAGAAGAAAACAAAACACAGCAUUGAUGGCAUACUCGGGGAAAAAGGGAGUCGUGUUGAUGACGGCUCAGAUGUGGACUCAGAGCCAGACCUGCCGCUGAAGAGGAAGCAGAGACGCAGUAGAACUACCUUUACCGCUGAGCAGCUGGAGGAGCUGGAGAAGGCCUUCGAAAGGACGCACUACCCUGACAUCUACACCCGGGAGGAGCUGGCUCAGAGGACUAAACUCACAGAGGCUCGAGUACAGGUGUGGUUCAGCAAUAGACGAGCCAGAUGGCGCAAACAAGCUGGAGCCAAUCAGCUUGCUGCAUUCAACCACCUGUUACCAGGAGGUUUUCCAGCAACAGGCAUGCCAACUCUGCCAACAUACCAGCUCCCUGAGCCGAGCUACCCCGCUACCACACUAUCACAGGAUGGCAGUAGCACAGUGCACCGGCCGCAGCCUUUGCCCCCCUCCAGCAUGCAUCAAGGCAGCCUCUCCAGUGACAGCAGCUCCGCCUACGGCCUCUCGUCCAAUCGGCACAGCUUUUCCAGCUAUACUGACACUUUCAUGAGCCAGUCAGCAUCCAGCAACCCUAUGAACACCGUCAACAAUGGCCUCUCUCCACAGGUUAUGAGCAUCCUGAGCAACCCAAGCGCCUUGGCUCCUCAGCCGCAACACGACUUCUCCAUCUCGCCCUUGCACAAUGGACUCGAGGCUUCCAACCCUCUCUCAGGAAGCUGUAGUCAACGCUCAGAGCCCAUCAAGACAGCAGAAAGCCUUGCUUCAUCUCAAUCCUACUGCCCUCCCACCUACAGCUCCACCAGCUACAAUGUGGACCCAGUUACAGCUGGCUACCAAUACAGCCAGUAUGGCCAGACUGCUGUAGACUACCUGGCCAAGAACGUCAGCUUGUCCACACAAAGGAGGAUGAAGCUUGGGGAGCACUCAGCCGUCUUGGGACUGCUACAAGUGGAGACAGGCCAAGCUUAUUGACAAACUAGUCCUGUGGAACAUCACUUCUCUCUUUCACCAGCAUCCUUCCAUCCACUGUGCUGUGCGAGAGAAAAGAGAAGUAGCAAAAUUCAAAGACAGCCUUAGAUCCCUAACCUAUGGCUGAGUGAAUACAAAAGCCAUUUAAUAAACAGACACUAUAGUGCCGCUUCUCGACUCUCUUCCUCAUCCAUCCCAUUUCUCGUCCUCCAGUGAUCAUUUCCACAAAGAGACUCUUUCAGGAUUCUGGAGGAGAAAGCAAGCAUCACAGCAGGCAAUGUUAACACACAGGCCACGGUCCCAUUCAGACAUGGUUUGGACCGAGUUAAUGUUAAAUAGGAUUUAAAAUGAUGGUAUUACAUUUAUAUUUGAUAUACUGAUUGUGGUUGUUUCUAUUACUGUUGCAGUUAUUAUUGUUAGAAUGUUUUGUUUACAUCUUAUAUUUGUCUUUUUUGGUUUCUCAGCCAGUUUCCUAUACACAGAGAGGCGGGUGGCAGUUCAAGUUGCCCGCAGUGCAGGUUAUUUGACCUUUUAAUCUAAGUUUGACUCUCAGAGAGAUUUGGACCUGUCAGUGGGGUGUCUGGCUCAGCAGAGUAUUCUGGGUGGGUCUGGCCAAUAAGGACACCUAGAGUUUCCAAUCCUUGCCCCUUUGUUCCCACAUGGAUUAUCCACUGGGAAAAACCACAACAGUUGGAAACGAAAACAGUCCUAAAGUGACCCCUUGAUCUACACCAUGGGCAAGUUUUAGAGAGAGACAGUUAUCAGUAUUAUUUGUGAUAUUUUCUGAUGAGAAAAGAUAACUCGGCAUUCCUGAAAUAUUACACCAAAAUUAUUAGUGAAAAAUCAGGCCAUUUGAUUGAACUAAUACCACUAUGAUAUUCCAGUCACUACGGUUCCUUUCUUUUUUUGUACUACAGAAUUUCAGAACAUUCCUUAACUAUGUCAUGGGACCUUUACAGUGUAUUACUUAGCAUUCCACAUAUGUCUUGCACUUUUCUUUCUUUUUCUUGAUACUUCACAAAUUAAAUGAUUACCUCACAAUUUUCUUUGAAAUGCUGUCAUAAAUGUAAAAUAGCCUUUGCUGAGGCAUUCUAGUGGUGCAUAUUCCAAUAACAAACAAAUAUUUUGAGCUAAAAUAAUGUCAUAGCACUUGCUGAUAAUCGGUCACUGUAAAGUGUGGGUGGAGUGACUAAACGUUAAUAAUGCAUAAGUUUUAAUAUAAUGCAUUCUGUUUCCCCUCUUUUGAUAAAUUUCUUCUUUCAACUGCAUCAAGUAUGUAAUGUAAAGAAUGUAAAGAAAGCAAUUUUGCUUUAUAUAAAUAAUUAAUGGUUUGAAUUUACUGUGCCCAUCAUCUCUUCAUAAUGGAGUGUCUUAUUCUUCACAAAUCAUUCCAUUAACAAAAAGACCUCUAAAUACAUGAUGAGCCAAGAAUAAUGUUUAUCUGCUGUCCAGGACCUAUGUUCAUUCCUCUCUUGUUUGGCAUCCUAUUUCACAUUUUUGGGUGUAUAGAUAUAUCAUUCAGUCUGAACAUCAUAAUGAGGUUAAAUGAUGGUGGUGGUUUCCUAGAACCAAGUUAACAGGAGUCAGAAAUUGAGAAUAGAUGGCAGGACAAACAGAAUUCAAGAUACACUCACUCAGGCACGUGACCAUGUGCCAUCAAGGACUGAUACAGUACCAUUUCAUUUAACACUUCAAAUAUUUUGUUAAGAAAAAAAUAAAAAAAAUAAAAAAAAUAUCAAGAAGGAGUGUAAAAAGUUUUUAGUGUGUAGUAUUCAUUUCUAACACAGUCUACCUUUUGGAUAUUUAAAGCACUAUUUGAGUUCCAAAAUGAUCUCCUAGCUUCAGUUUUUCCCCUAUCACAUUCCUAUAUAGGUCUUUCUUCAGCAACUGUACCUUUGCUUUACCUUUCUGUUCAGCAUGUAUGUAUAUUAUCAUGGCAUAAUUUAUUCUGCUGUAUGAAACAAUAGCAUAAUAAGAACUUGUAUUGGUUUUCCUACAUUCAGCCUGUUGGUGUCUUUACUGUAGCACUGUUAUUGAUUAAAGUUUUGA